AUGCACCGACUCUUCCUCCUUGUCUUCCUCCCCCAUGCAACCUUCUCCGCAACCGCCGGCGGCCGGUGCGACCGGCAGUGCGGCAGCACCUUGGUGCCGUACCCUUUCGGCUUCUCCGGCGCCUGCCCCAUCCUCCUGGACUGCAACGCCACCGCUUCCUACCCAACAGCACCGCGGCCGCGCCGUACCCGAUCGUCUCGUUCAAUUCCAGCACCUCCACCUUCUUGCAACCGCAGCGUAUCCAAGGCGCAGGCGUCGCUCACCGGCUCCUGCUACGGCGUCUCCUCCCGCACUGGGCUCUACCUACGCCGCAGGUGCAGUGCGUCGGCUGCAUCCUCCAGCUGCAUCGUCCCCGACGACGUUCUGUCAGGUCUGCUCCCCACGGCGCUGCAGUGCGGCGCCGCCAACCGCGGCAACGAUAUCGCCUCGACGUGCGUGUCCUCGCCCCCAGUCCUCAACAGCACAGCGGUAGCGAGGGGCGUGGAGGGCCAGUUCCUGGACUGGAAGAAGGUGGACGACUCUGGGUACGAGGAUGUCACGUCUGCGUGGGUCUGGGACGCGUACGGCGGCGGGACCAUCCUCGACGCGGCCGACGCGCGGCUCUGGGGUGAGUUCGACGGCCGGGAGAUGGCGUGUGCGAUGCUCGUCGGGCUCUGGUGCGCGCACCCGGACCGCGGACUGCGGCCCACCGUCAGGCAGGCCGUCAACGUGCUGCCGUUCGAGGCGCCACCGCCGACCCUCCCCGCGAAGAUGCCAGUUGCUACCUACGGGCCGCCGGCCGAUCGUCCUGCCUCCACAACGUCGUCUCUGGAACCGGCGACGACCGUGAGCGGCGGUGAUGGCGUUGGCACAACGGAGCCGUCGGCCUUGUCAAGUUGA